AUGAAACCAGCAAAGAGAGUCGAAUCAGUUUGAGUCGAAAGUGCAAUGAGUGAGUUUGUUUCGUCGACGUGGAGAUAUUAUAUUUUUCACUAAUAGUGUCUUUUUACUAGUUUUAUCUACCAUUCCUGGGAUAAAUUGCAAUUCUGUCCGUUCUUCCGAGUUCUGAACGGAAAAUUCGGAAGAGCUUUUUGAGUAAAAAGUUCCUCUUCGCACAGUGAGGAGAGAUAACACGAACGAACUGUUUUAGUUUGCAGGACAAUAGUCCUGCUGUCAUGUGAAACGUCAAAUCCAUAUGUCAAAGUGACAGUAAUUUUAAGGAUAACUGGAAGGAGAUUAUUCUUUGAGUCGUAAAACGAAGAAACUGAUUGUGCUACAUUUUUUAUUUUUACAAAACAGAUUUAAUAACGGAUUUUUCACAAAUUUACCGAAUUUUAUGUGAAAAAUCGAGGAUUUUCAGUGAAGUGAAAAUUCAUCAAAGGAUCUUUUCGGACGGAUACACCCGAAAUAGCAACUUUUAGUGAAUUUGUGGAAGGUGUAUGGUUUAAGUGAGUGAAAUAGAGAAGAAAACUCUCAAAUUUCUGUGCUUGAAACAAGAGCCUAAAAGUGUGUCGUUUGUAAAAUCUCCCUUCUUUUUGGAUAAUUAAUUCGAGAGACACAGCAUUUCAUCGAUUUGGCGUCUACACAACGGUCAAUGAUGACAUAAUGGACUACCUUUUUUGCUAGGUGAACUGAAUAUCCAAUGAGGACACAUAAAUAGCCAGGCAGAGAGAGGAGAGCGAGAAAUUGAACCAUGGAUCCUGGAGGAUUCGUAAUUGAUGACGAUCCACCGCCACCGGGAUCACCAGAGCCUCGAGAUGGAUGGCUUCUGGUUCGGAUUCACGUGCCAGAACUCAAUGUGUCCAAGUGUCUCCAGUUUCCUGCUGAUCGACUGGUUUGGAAUGUCAAACAACAAGUUUUGGCAUCUCUCCCAAAGGAGCUGAAGGAGUCAUUCAACUAUGGCCUAUUCUGUCCUCCAUCGAAUGGAAAAGCUGGAAAAUUCCUCGAUGAGGAGCGUCGCCUUGGGGAUUAUCCUUUCAAUGGACCAGUUGGGUAUCUGGAGCUCAAGUACAAGAGGCGCGUGUACAAGAUGCUCAAUUUGGAUGAGAAGCAGCUGAAGGCUCUGCACACGCGGGCGAACCUGAGGCGAUUUCUUGAGUGUGUCGGCGGUGGACAUGUGGAGAAGAUCUCCAAGAUGUGUGCCAAGGGUCUGGACCCCAAUUUCCACUGUCCAGAAACGGGAGAGACGCCCCUCACGAUGGCCACGGGCGCCAAGAAGCCCAAUAAAUUGCUCAUCGCUCUAGUCAAUGGGGGCGCCAUUCUCGACUACCGAACCCGGGAUGGGGCCACAGCACUCCACAAAGCUGUUGAGAGGGAUUCCCUGGAGGCAGUCACAACUCUCCUAGAGCUGGGCGCUUCGCCAAACUACAAAGAUAUGCGAGGAAUGACGCCCGUGUAUUUGUCUGUGACGAAGAAAACGGACGCCAAGAUAUGCGAGAGUCUCCUCCACGAUCAUGCAUCACUCGGCACUCAAGAUACCCAAGGAUGGCAAGAAGUUCAUCAGGCCUGCCGCAAUGGUCUGGUCCAUCACCUCGAACACUUGCUGUUCUACGGUGCCGACAUGGAUAGCCAGAAUGCGUCCGGCAACACACCGCUGCAUGUUUGUGCUGUUAACAAUCAAGAGGCUUGCGCUAGAAUGCUUCUCUUUCGCGGUGCCCAACGAGGCUCCCUCAAUUAUGCCAAUCAGACGCCGUAUCAGGUCGCCGUAAUUGCUGGAAAUUUGGAACUCGCCGAAAUGAUCCAGAACUACAAAACUGAAGAUAUUGUCCCCUUCCGCGGUCCGCCAAGGUACAAUCCGAGACGACGCUCGGGUCUGGCGUGGGCGCCAUCGAGCGCCCUGGGGCGUCUCAUGGGGCCACCAUCGCCCUGCCCGAGCGAGCAUCCCUUCAGUUCUGCCAGUUCUAGCCUGUCGGAGAGCUCCUCCAGCCAUAGGAGUCAUGAGGAUGACAUCAGUAUUGUGACAGACAAAAGCAUCGGCGAUACUAGUGACAUCAUCAGCGAUUCAUCAGGAGUUGGAACAAGCUCAGAUAGUGCAGCCUGUUCCAUUGGACAUCCUAGUACUACAGUUGUAUGCAUGGAACGGUAUGUGGCUCAGCAACAGGGUCACUUGACCAUUCAACCAGGUGAUGUCAUCGAAGUGGUAGGUUCAACGGAUUGUGGUCUUCUUGAGGGGUAUGUCCGUGGAACCAAUCGAUCUGGCCUCUUUCCCAUCCAUCACGUUCAAGAGGUCAAUAUUCGUCAGAAGAACAUCACGAAUGUUUCGACAGCAAGUCAGGAAGUGGUUCAGCGUCAGACGCAAUUUGCACAAGACUUUAACACUGCCACUGAACCCCGAUUGAAGAAAGUCGGACUUUCGGAACCUCGUACGGUUGUACUGCACCGUGGAAAGCGAGGAUUUGGAUUUGUGUUGCGCGGUGCCAAAGCCACUUCACCCCUGAUGCAACUGAAGCCAUCUGACCGUUGUCCAGCUCUUCAGUAUCUAGAUGAUGUGGAUCCCGAUGGAAUUGCCGAUAUGGCUGGUUUACGCCCAGGAGAUUUCCUCAUUGCUAUCAAUGGUGAAGAUGUGAGAGCAGCAUCCCAUGAGCAUGUGGUCGAUCUCAUUCGGAAUUCUGGAGCUCUCGUGUCAAUGACAGUAAUUUCGCAAAUUUUACCAGGUCAGCAACCUCAGCCAGGACCACAGGGUGGCUUCCGGACUCCAUUAGCCAAUCGCCAAUGUGCUACUUUGCCACGUCACAUGUCAGGUCUGAUUCCCGGUCAUGGUGGCAAGAUGCCAGCCCCUAUGCCACCCCGUCGAGAUCCUAAAACCACCUUGAGUGUUGGAAGGGCCCGUGCCAAGUCAAUGGUAGCUGGUUUGGAGGGGGGUAGUGCUGCCGAUGAAGACGACUUGACAGCAACGGCAAAGUCAAGCUCAGCUGAAAGUAUCCACCAGAGCCAGAGUGCCGUAUCAACUCCUACCCAGGGUGGUCCAGGGACACCCAUCCAGCCCCGUACAGCAAGCAUUAAGGCUCGUCCCACUUCGGGCCGAAUAACCGCAGCUGAGCUAGAGGAACUCUUCCAGCGACAACAAGGCGAUUCUACUGCUGAUGCUCGAUAUUCGGCAAUGAUGACCAGCUCACGCUUCCAGUCUGCUGACAGUGGUACGCCGACACCCCAAGUUUCCCCACAGCGUGCUCCUCUCGUUUAUAGCAGUGUGGCCGAUAUGAAACGCAAGAAGAGUCGACAGGGAACUGGAGCUUCUCGUGCUAAGCCCUGUUCAAUUCCUCUCGUCAAUGGUGAGCUUCGGCGUAACUUCCACAGUACGCCGGAUCUUGCGACAGCUGGUCAAUGGGCUUCUGGCAGCGUCAAAGGACAUCGAAGUCAGGAUGAUGUACAUGUCUUACAUAAUUCAAUGCAGAGACUCAAUUUGCCACCUCCAACCCAUCCACCACCUCCUCCGCCUGUGGGUCAGGUGGUCAAAGUCGAUGUCUCUCGGUCUGAGUAUGAAAGUGCUGCAUCACUUCAGCAAAAGUUGAAGCAACAGCAAGCUGCAAAGGAGGCAUCAGAGGCCGUGGAGGUGAUGUCAAGCUUCCGACCAGCUACCAAUGCCAAACUCUAUGCAUCACCUCAGGAUAUCCGCACUGUAGGCUAUCGUGGUCGGUCUGAACCAAAUCGACGGCUCACAACUUCCAUCGUGGGUCCUCAGUCUGUUGGUGGUAAUCCAUAUGCUCAACCCUGUCGUUCCCUCUCGAAUGCAUCACAGAGACCCCAAGCACCUGUCCCGGCGGCAACCACCAUUCCGGCACCACCAAUUCCCGAUCCUGACUACAGUCUCAGUGAGUCAGAUGGUGAAGAGGACAACUCGGUGCUGCAGGCCAGGAUCACACCCAAGACUAAUGGCACCACGAAAGUGGAACCGGCUGCACCUGCAGAAAGUAGCGGGAACAGUAACACUAGUGGCAGCAGCACGGGAUCAAGUUCAAUGCCUCAUUCCUUCUCAGUGGAAGAGAUACAGAAGAUGCGUACGAAACUAAAGGCAUCCAAGUCAUAUCCGCACGAUUUGCUGGGUGGUCAAGGACAACAGGCUCAGCAACCACCAACGGGGAAUCGCAAUGGAAGUGUGCACCUCGAGGAGGGUGACAAUUCGUCAUCGGGUGUUAGUAGUGAUCAGGAGAUUGCUCUCAAUCCCCCUGAAGCGAAGCCGACUAAGGCUGCACCUCCACCACCAUUGCCCAAGCCGGUGGAGCCAGACGUUGAGGUGCGCAGCGACGAUGACGCCAGUCCCAGUCCGCCAGCCAAAGGAUUCCAGCGGCACAAUUCCCUCACACGCAAGCAGGCAGCUACAAUUGCCCUCAACCGAGCCUUGCAGACCAAGCCCGCUGUCUCUCUCACGCAACUCCCUCCACCAAUUGAGACAGAGUCCGAUGAUGCGGACUCGUGCGUUGCUGUGCCGCCACCUAUGAACCUGCUCCAUCAUCACCACCAUCGCCAUCACCAUCAUACCCUCAGACCCGCCAUGCCGGAGGACAACAUAGUCCUGGCGCCUCCCCCACAAUUCUGUGACUCUUUCGACAGCCACGCGAAUCCCCAGAGAAGUGUCCGGAUUGUGGGUGCCGUGCCCAAAGCCAACAAGAUGCACUCCCAGUAGAACAUAGUUUAGAACCCCCAUCCACGGAAUGUCAAAGGAAUGAAAGUCGGAACAAGUGAAAAUGUAAGAAUAAAUCUUGGCUGAGAAAGUUGCCUUGAGAUAUGGGUUUCAUUUUGGGAUUUGAAGCACUAAUUAGACUUAAAAAUCUGUUAAUGCAAUAAGCUCAGAAAGGACUCGAAGGACCAAAAUUACUCUCAAAUUUGAUAAUUGAUCAUGCCUUAAGUCAAUGAAAGAGCACAGAUUGAGGGAUAAAGAAAAAAAUCUUGCAUAAAACAAAUAUUCGAAGUUACAAAGUAAUUUAAAAGCGUUUCCGAAAAUCUAAGAAGAAUAAUCGAAAGUAGUUUGAUUCUCAAAUAGUGUCUUGGAUAAAAGGUAAAUGGAACUCUAUUUGCACAAAAAGUCAUUGGAGUUCGAAGAAUUCAAAUUCAAUUUCGAAUUUUAAUACUAAAUUUUCGAACAAGGUGGGAAAAAUAUAUCAAAUAUCGCACUAGAAAGUUAGCAAAAGAGUUACUCAGUGAUUAUGGAGUGAUCAAAUAAUGGGACAAGAACAGUAAGCGUCUUUGUUUUGCUUUUUCCCUCACAACAAUGUGAAGACCGUCACAUUUUGACACUUGAGCACUUCGAAAUUCGAUCAGAAUGCAACUUCCGCCACCUUGCGAAAGUAUCAAGAAGUAAGAAAGUCUCUUUUGAGCCCAAACAGAAGUAGAUUUUGAUUCUCCAAUAGUGUCUUGGAUAAAAGGUAAAUAGAACUCUAUUUGCACAAAAAAUCGUUGAAGUUCGAAGAAUUCAAAUUCAAUUUCAAAUUUUCAUACUAAAUUUUCGAACAAAGUGGGAAAAGUUUAUCAAAUAUCACACUAAAUAGCUGGCAAAAGAGUUACUCAGUGAUUAUGGAGUGACCAAAUACUGGGACAAGAACAAUAAAUGUCGUUGUUCUGUUUUUUUUUCCUCAGAACAAUGUGAAGACCGUCACAUUUUGAAACUUGAGUACUUCGAAAUUCGAACAGGAUAUAUCUCAGCUACCUUGCGGAAUUAUCUAAAAGUAAGAAAGUCUCUUUUUUGGAUCUUCAAAUAGAUUUUCGAAUUUUUCAAAAUCUACCUCUGUACGGAAAGUUUUUGGUUCUUCAAACAGAAUUUCGAAUAUUUCAAGAUCUACUUCUGUACGGAAAGAAUAGGGGACCGAUAUAUUUUGAUACUCAAGCAUUUCGAAAUUUGAACAGGAUAUACUUCAGGUACCUUCCGGAAUUAUCAAGAAGUAAGAAUACCUCUUUUCGGAUUUUCAAAUAGAUCAUCGAAGUUUUUAAACUUUAAAAGAAGGUACUCUAUUUGAGACUGGUAAGAAUCACUCUAUGAAUAAACUUAUUUUUUUAAUUGGCAUUUGAUUCGUUUCAAAUGAAAUACGCUCUAUUAAAACAGAAUAAGAAUUAUUUGGAAAAAUCGGAAAUAGUGCAAAUUGGCAAAUGCUUUAGAACUUCUUAUACAUCUCCCUAAAAAUUAGGAUAUAUUUAAUUUUGAGCAAAUAACAUGAGUUCGGAUGUUCGGAUAUAUUUUAUCAAAAAACUGGUUCACGUUACUUUCAAUACUCGUAACUACUUGUUGUAUAGAGUAAUUGAAAACUUUUGUGUGAAAACUCGAACAUUUUAUGGAAAGUUUGCGUAACCUGCCGCUCGAUCGUCAGAACAAUUUGUUCCAAUUUAAAGUUUUCAUCAGAUAUUAACACUUCCACAACAUCCCCUACAUCCUGAGCGAAAAACAAGACGGCAAAAUUCAUUAUAAGCACUAAAAUAGUAAUUUGUGCAAUAUUUUCCUUGAUAUUUUCUCAAUAUGUUAAAAUAAUUGAUUUGGUAUAACAGAUAUAUAAAUGUUAUUGAAGUCAUGAAAAAUUGCUACAUAAAAGAAUCCAAGUAAAUGGGACAAUAAUAAAAAAUUUAUCACAAAAACCGUAUUCAAACUCUUAGUCUAGAAAGUCUCUCGACAAAGUUUUUUUUUAUAGAAAGCAACCACUAGAGGGGAUUUUCCAAGACUCACUAGUUCAUAGAACAAUGUGCAACAUAUUGAAUUACCCCGUUUAAGUAAGAACUAAAAGAUCGUUUCUGCGAGGGUAUUUCGAAAUUAAAAAAAAAACUUUUAACAAUUCGAAAAUCGGUUCGAAAAGUCAAUAAAAAGAUAUUUUAAUUUCUUUAUGAUAUCGACAGAUGACUUUUGAAGUCUCUUGUUCGAAUUUCGAAGUACCUUGAGUGUCAAUAUGUUGGAAUUCACUUUGUCAUAAGAAAAAUCAAAGCAAAAAGCUUUACAAUUUCAUUUUCAUUGUAACUCUCAAAAGUGACUGAUUACAUUCUGAGACAGCUUCUUUGAGUAGUCUUUCAUAAAUUUUUACCCCCUGUUAGAAGAUUCUGUGUGAAAAUUCGAGAAUUUAAUUAAACUAUUUACAUUUAAGUCAAGACACUUUUAGGUAAUCAAACUUCUGUUGUGAAACAGACAGAUUUUCUUUUUCAUUUCCAGAUGGAUGUUAAAAGAAAAUCGAAAAUAGGCUUCGAAAGCUAAAGAAAAGGGUUUUUGACUUCAUUGUUCAUAAAUUUGGUGUCUCCAAUAUUUUAUGUUCGAAUUUCAAAGAGUUUCGGGUUCAAAUCUCCACUUGGUUAUAAAGGAAAACAAAGCAACGGCACUCUUAAUAUUCUUGUUCCAUUAAAAUUCCUAUGAUAAUUGUUUAGUAAUUCUUUUGAUAGUUUUUUGAUGUCAUAUUUCAUAAAGUUUAAAUUUUGCUCAAAAAUUCUGUUUGAAAACACAAAAUUAAGUUUAAAUUCUUCAGGUAUAAAAAUUGUAAAUUUCCAUUUGCAUUUUAUCCAAGAUACUAAUUGGUGAAUCAAAUUUUUUUCGUCAAGAGCGCCCUUUUCAAUAUUGAAUUUUAUUUCUUAUGCCUCUGGCAAAAACUGUUUAGGUCAGGAAAAUUUCAUAAAAUCGAAAUUCACAUCCCUUUCUUCCUCAAACGUUAUACGUAUAUCUAUCCCAAUUUUUAGCACUCAAAAUUUUUAUUGAACUAAUAUUAAAUUGUAAUGAUGUUAAACAAAAGAAGAAGAGUACGAAAUAGUAGGAUAGAAAUAUGCAAAGUUUGAGAAAGAAAGACUUUAUGACUUUCGAUUUAGGCCGAAAAAUGACUUAGUUAGUGGGAAACUGAUGGCAAUUUAGUCAAAUCAUUAUUUUGAUUAUAAUUACGUUAAGACGUCUCUCGGCUUAACCCUUUAAGGACGAAACAGUUUUCGCUGACCGAAAAUUAGCAAUAAAAAUGAAACCAAUAAACAAAACUUGUAAAACGUCUUACAUCUAACUUUCGAAAAGCAGAGUCUGAUUUGGUGUAUUUUUUGUCUCUAUGAAAAAUAGCGACAAAAAUAGCCCAAAAAUUUAUGUAAUUUUUCCUGCGAUACCAAUGACUUAAUUUUCACUCUAACGAAAAAUAUUAUGUUUGAGUAUUGUAGUUUCCUUUUCCAAAACGGUUUUGCUCAAAAAAAGUGGAAAUAUAAAAAAAAAUUUAAAAUUAAUUUUCAAUAUGAGAAUUUAAAAAUUCGCCAUUUUUGAGCUUCAAUAUUUACUAUACAGCAAAUAGGUGGAGACUUUCGAAAAAUAUCCUAGAUUCCUUUAACCUUCUACUUUGCAAUUGCGUAUAAACAUAAGAAAAAAAUAACUUUAGGUAGUUCAGGAAAAAUUAUUUUCUUUAUGGGACACCGGUGUUCCAAUCGUUCUUAAAGGGUUAAGUUGUAAAUAGGUCUAUGGCCAUUAAUUCGAAAGGGAGAUUUCGAAUUAAAAUAACCUCGCAUAAAUGGCCAUACUGGCUUCUGGAUUUAUUGCACAAAUGUGUGUAUACUUGAUCAAGCCAUAAAUAAUGUAAUUACGUUUGUAACUUCGAAAGAUUUUUUGAAUAUACAAAAAUUAAUUCAGGAUUUAUUUUAAAUCUCAACCUUUUUUAAAUGUACAUAUAUAGCGCUCUAUGAUUGACUAAAGCUUUGAAGGCUGUAAAUGCUUUCAGGUCAUAGUCAAUUAGAAAUUUCGAUUUAAGAAAAAUAUUUUAAAGGAUAAUAUAUUCAAUUUUAUGUGAAUAAUGCAUUAUUUCUGUUUUUCCCGAGUUUUUUUGUCCGUUCGAUGUUAUUACAAGGGGAAAACAACUCGCGAGUCUAGAACAUCUACCAACGUGAAUAUUGCGAAUAUUUCAUAAAUAUCGUGAAUAUCGCGAAUAUCGCGAAUAUUCCUGAAUAUUGCGAAUAUCGCGAAUAUUUAGGGAAAUAUUCGAAUAUUUUCUUCUUUCCAUAUAAAAAUGUGAAUAUUUUGUGAAUAUUGAUUCUACGACAUGAAAUUUUGGUCAGUUGUUUGCCCCUUGUGUUAUUAUGGUUUACCUCUGAGGGAGUCCCUUAUAGCUUCUACUCUGUUACAAAUUAGAGAAAUUUAUAUCCAAAUUGAAGCAAAUUUUCACAUUUGUGUAAGAAGAACGGUCAGAUAUGGUCAUAAAUUUCUCUACUGUGUAGGUGCCCUUAUGGCCACUACACACUAAAGAAAUUUAUGUCCAUAUUGAAGCAAACGCUUUAUGGCCUCUACACACUAGAGAUAAUUAUGUCCAUAUUGAAGAGUUUUUCCUACACAGGCGUAGGGAAUUUGCUUCAAUAUGGACAUAAAAUUCUCUAGUGUAUAGAGGCCAUUACACUUGUGUAUAAAAAACUCUUCAAUAUGGACAUAAAUUUCUCUAGUGUGUAGAGGCCAUUACAGAGGUAAAAUUAUUUAUAUAGCACAAUAAUGGCAUGCAGUUUUUAAUCAGCUUGCCGUUGAUAUGUUGAAAAUGAUGAAGGUUAAAAUGCAUAUUUCAAAUUCAGCGACAUUCUAAAAUGUUAGUCAUGUGGAAGUUUGGAAUUUUAAACACAAAUUCCAUACACAAUUAUUUUCCUGAAUUAAUUAAAUAGGAUUUCAUUGCCAAGGCCAACAAAUAGAGGAAACAGAAUAAAUUAUGCAAACUUGUGCUUGCAGAACUAUGAUUAAGUGAAAUUUGCAAACAGAGUUUGAAAAAUGAAUUCCGAUACUUUUGAAAACUACUCAGAGUACAAGUUUUGAGUAUACGAAAAGAAUAUAACUUGAUUGAGAGUUUUUUUUGCCAAAGAAAAGAAGCUCUUGAUGCAGAAAACUUAUUAAGAACUCUUGGUAAGAAAAAUUUUCAUUGAACUUUCAGUUAUUGAAGAUUACUAGCCUUUAGGAAAUUAUAAGUUUGAUACGAAAUUUCUUGUUCCGACUUGCAUUUCUGUGUACAUUAUGCAAAUCUUUCCUCCAAUUGUUCAUUCGGCAAAUCGUAAUAUUGAAAGGGUAUUAAAAAGAAAAAGAAAACAGUGUCUAAAUGUUAGUCAAUGAAAAUGUUCAUUAAUUCACUUACACAAUUCACAUUCAUUGCUAAAAUUUACUAUAAAGAAAAAAAGAUACGUUUUUGAGAGAAAUUAUGGUAAUAAAAAGUAUAAGAGAAUUCGCAAAUUGAAAACAGAAAAAGUUAUACUUGUGCUUUUGAAGGAUAUAUAGAGAUUAUUCUCAAUCGAUUAAAAGAUGGAUAAAAAAAAAGAAAAUUUAUACCCGUAAAAGAAAGUAGAUAGAAAUGCACGAGAUAGUUUAAUUUUCCAGAAAUAAAUACACACACGACUUUGAGAGAAGAAAAGAUGGACUUUGAGAAAAUUUUUUGCUCAAAACUUUUGGCCUCAAGAAACUCAUUCAUAAGAAACUUCAUCAAGACACUGAAUUUUCCCUCCGUUAAGCACCAACUUAUCACAAAGAACAACGAAGAAUUUCGUGACAUCUCUUUUUUGGAAAAAAAAAUUAUUGAAUUUUUAAAAGAAACUUUUUUACUUCAAAUUUCACAGGAUUAACCGUAACAAAGACAGAAUUAGGUAAUUGGAACAAAAGCCUACACUUUUGAUGAUAGACCAGCCCUUAAACUGAUUUUUUCAAUUUGAUAAUACGAACAUAUUAACAGAAUUUUGAAACUGAUGGUAGCAAAGUAAACUUCUUAUAGGCAUCAAUGAAAAUUCUUAGCUAUUUACACCUUUGCAGAAGAUUUUUAAUUUUUUUUAUAUUAUAUAUAAAAGAAAAAAAAACGAUACAGAAAUAAUUACAAUUCAUUGAGGCAUGAUAGAAGAAUUCACUGAAUUAACACUGAUUAACAAGAUUGAUAAACAAUUUAAGGUAUAAUAAAUUUUUAGGUUUUCAUUGUAUUGUAUUUUUUGGUAUUAUUGUAAUUUUGUGAUAUAAAAUUAAUUAAAUUUGCAAUUAUUUUGAAAAUAAAUAUAUUUAGUUGUGACAAUAGCCCUAAGUUCACUUGUAAGUUAAUUUAUAUUAAAUGAAGAUUAUUAAUUUGCCUUCUCCAAAAAAAAAAAAAAAGAAACAUUAUACUUUCACAAGGUGUGUUAUAUUAAUUUUGUGGAUUAUAUUAGCAAAAAUGUUUAUUUAGACAGACGAACACAAAGUACGGAAAUACAAAUAGAAACAUUUCUCCCCUGUUGGUUCAAUUCGAUUUUUGUAGAUUUAAAAGAAAAAAGGAAAAAAGUAAUAUAUAAAGCCAGAUAAAUUGAAUGAAAAUCGGAGAAAAAAAUUACAAUUACACUAUCUACUGUUAAAUGGAUUAUUAUCAGUACGUAAAAGUAAUUAAAAUAUAACAAUCUUGAAGAGCGAAAGAAGUAACAUUGCAAGAAUAAAUUCAAUUUAAAACAUUA